UUGAAGCCUCAAGUGAUCAUCGCAGCAUUCAGCCUGUUACAAUGCUUUGAUCCGCCAGCUCAGCUAUCAAUGUAUUUUUGGAAAUGCGAAAACAUGGUUAAAUUCGUGAAUCAGUACAUGAAUACAUGCCGAACGAUAUCAGAGAAUCCGAGAGAAUUUUACAGAUCUUUAGCAAUCAAAAGGAACUUAUUUAAAUACUUCAUACGUUAUGUUUCGAUGUGGAAUUUGUUAGUUCACUUUUUCGAAGGUAGUUCCUGUUCGGAUAAUGAUCUGAGAUUUGCUUGUGGUCUAUUUCUGCCAUUAUGGUACCCUGUCGAAACAAACUACUUUCCAGUAAGGGAAAUCCUAGUACUUGUGAUCAUUGCAUUAUCAUGGAGACUUAUAACAUUAGUUGUGCAUCUAUCAAUCGAUUCAUAUAUUAUAGCAAAACUCUUUGAGUACAAGUGUCAAAGUUUGAUCAAACUCAUGCAGAAAACUUCGUUAAGCAGAGUGCAGAAUUUAGAACUUGUGAAGCAAAAGUUUCGCGAUAUUGUAGGCUAUCAUCAAGAUCUGAAAUUGUGUUUCGAUUUGAUACGGGAUGUAUUAGGUGGAUUAACGUCUCCAGGAAUGAUAUGUUUCAUCCCAAUCACUGCCUGCUAUUCAACUGCAUUUGCGAAGAAUUUCAAUUCAGCUUAUCUGCUGGAGGGCUUGUUAUUGGCGGUACUUUGUUACUUAUGUUUCUAUUCGUGGCAGAAAAUAAUAGAUUUGGGUGAAAUCAUUCAAGAAACUGCCUACAAUAUGGAUUGGUACGAUAUGGAUAAGGCAAUGUAUAAAGAAUACUUAAUUUUUCUUAUGAAACUUCAGCGGCCGCAUGAGUUGCAAUCAGUAAUAUUUGUUCUGCAGAAGCCAAUGUUUCUUCGGAUGAUGCGAAGCGUUUACUCAUUCUUCAUGUUGAUGUACCAAAUAAAUUGAGGUUCGGAGAUUACCCUCAGCACAACUGAGAAUAAUUUUAAAUUUCUGAUUGUUCAAACAUAAUUCAAUAUACAUAUUUGCUUUUAUC